GUGUUGUUCCCGCCCGCACAUAUAAAAAGGCCUUUUUCUCACCUCCUCGUCUUUUGUCCUUUUUCUUCUUCUCUUCUUCUCUUCGGCCGCGCAGACACUUCCACCCUCGACAUCAAGAAAAAGCCACAAGCAAUAAGACAACAAGAUAUCAUCCUCUACGGAGGAAGAAAAGACUCUCUGCCGCCCUCAGACACCAUCCACGUCUAUACCACUCCCUGCUGCAACUCUUCCACCUCCACCACCGCAAAGCAGCAGGCCUCUCCUCCGCCUCCCUCCGUCGCUGCCGCUCCUUUUGAGGGUAUGUUCACUUGCCAGCAUCUCCUACUCUACUAUAGACCAAGCUAACCAGAGACACAGGCAGCUAGACCCCAAAAGACAACAGUCUUUUACCCUCUUCCUUUGCUCCGAACGUGAGUGCUCAUCCUCUCCUCCAGCCCGGCCUCUGCUUGAUAUGAUACCCCCUAUCUCUUUCACGCGUUGAUACGCGUUUUACUCCUCUCCUUCAGCCCCUUGAUGAGCAUGGCUAACGUACUAGUAGAACGCCAAAAUGUUGUUCGCCUUUAUCGGUCUUGUGGCAACCUUGACAAUAUGGAGCUCGAUAGCUUCAUUGCCCAUGACCGCCGUCACCCCUCGGGACGGCUUCGGCAGACGGUUGGCUGGGUCCAUUACGGCCAGCUUAGUGACCAUCGGUGCGUACGAGGUCACGAAAGAGGUAGUCAUCACUGCCAACAAAACCAGUGACUACCUUUACCGUUAUCUAGAGACGGAAGACCUUCCAGUAGAGGUGCUUGCACCUCUACCCGAUUCUGUCUCUAGCCGCCUCCCGACGUUCGAACUAUGGCUCGCAGUCCCUCCGGCCAAACUCGCGUAUCUCCACGACCUCCGAAAUGCAGUAGAGAAACACGACACUCUCAAUAAGCGCACGUUAUGGUACCUGCUAAAUACUCUACCAUCUCGCUGCUCGAGUGCUGCCGUCGCCGUCCCAGGUGCAACCCCAACACACCGUGCUGACAGUCUCUCGCCCGCCAAUUCCCUCGAGUUUUUGUCAGCCGGUGCCUACCUGGGACUCAUCCUCGCGUCAUUGGCCCUUGGCCGAUGUUUAGGGGCCCGUUACCUUGUCCCCGCGAGCGAUGACGACAGUUUGGCCCUCCUCCCCGUUGGAGCAUCACCGGCUCUGCCACACCGGGUGGUAACCGGCCUCCAGUGGGAAGUGAGAACGGAGUUUGUAAACGGCUUACCUCUGAUGUGGGCUUCCCAACCCUACAUCAGCUCUGAGCUGCUUUGCUGGAUUGCUGAGACGGAGAACCUCCACUUACCAACCCCGCAACCCGACCACACCACCAGACGGCAGACUGAGGCCCGGCCUGGACCUCAGCGGCAAGCGUUAGUACCUAGACGCCUGGCCAACAUCUCGCCGUUCGUCUUGAUUCAAAUCGUUAGGCUCCUCGCAUCUGCCCUCGAGGGCUGGACCCCAGCUUCGCCAGAAUCUGGGUCGCAACCAUGCCUCGACAUUGCAGAACCUCUACGGGAACCCAAGAAAAAGAAGCGUAACCGGCCCGGCCAAAAACAACGUCGACGCCAAUGGAUAAGAGACAUGCACGCCAUGCAAGACAAGGCCGUACAGGAGGCCGACGGGAAGUCACAGUCGUAAGGCUGUGUUCCGACCUUCGUCUUCUGUCCGAUUGUAUGGUGCUCCAUGCCUCACGGAUACAGUACUGACAUAGCCGCUCCUCCCAAUCCUACCGGCAUUCUGUCAGCCCUACUCAGUGCUUAGAUGAAGGCCUCGGAUGAAAGUGCCGUGUGAUUGUCCCCCCUUUCCUCCUCUUUCCUGUCGGUGUCUUCGCCUCCCACUGGUUCCUUCGGGGGCUAGUUGGCGUAGGUGAAGAUUCCGUGGUCAGUUGAAGACUGGGCUGGGUAUUUUGCACGUCCCUGGACCUCGUAGUUUUCGUUUAGGUAUCUGGUUGGGUGAAGCAGGGUGUCGGUGGCAGUAUUGUGGCCAGGCUAUGCUUGCUGUAUUCAAUUAUCCAUUCCAAUGGGAGAGGAACGAGUUGAGACACGAUUUGAUCAAGACUACGAGUGGGUGUUCGGGAGCUGCGGAAGUGGAUUCUCCAAUUAGUUCGCGGGUGACGCGAAGGUGCAAGGAAGAUGACUACAAAAAAAAGAAAAAAAAAGAAAAAAAAGAAAAAAAAAAAAGGAUGAAGAUGAAGAUGAUGAAGAAUGACUUUUUAUGACCGUUGACGAGUUGACGAGGAUUCUGGGGCUGCCGACGCCGAUGAUUGACUAUGAAAGAAGCAAGCCUACAUGCCUUACUUGCAAAUAUGCUUUACCAACUGCAUGCUUUCUCUGCUUUUCACUACACUGCGGGCUCAUUUGAGCCGCUGAUACAAGCUUGCUUUCUGCUUUUCUGUUUUUACAAAAGACCACCUGUUACUACUGAUUACCUGUUAUCCAAUAUGAUAUCUGCUUUACCACCACCACCACCACUACCUGCUCCUUUCUAUCCAGUAAACAGCAACCAUGACGUAGUGUAGAUGCAGGACACAUAGAAACCCGCAGAAGAGGUUGACGCCCCUGAGAAUCCCUGGCCUCCUUAAUGCAUAAGCAACACCCCCCCUUGGCUCUCCCUGGUACUGCCCAAAGCAGAAAUCUCCCCGGACAGAAACGCCAUCCAAACGCCAUCAGAGCCAACUACGACAUGGAUAAAUCCAUACAUGUUGACUCAGGAGUUGCCUCAACCAGCCAAGGCAUCAAGGAGAUUAACUAUUAGUGGCUCAUCUUAAAAAAAAAAAAAAAGUAGCCUAAAC